AUGAAGUUUGACCGCGUGACGUCGCCCAUUGACGGCGACUACGAGAUCGAGAUGGCCGAUGAAGCGCCGCCGCGACGACACCGCGCCAUCAUUCUUGGCUGCCUCGCUGCCGUGUACUUGGCAAUGACCGGCAUUAUCAUCUACCUCCUCGCGAGCAAAUACCCAGCGUCGUCCAUGCCCGUCAUCCUCAUGGUCGGCGACUCGAUCACCGAGUAUGCGGCCAACGUCCACAUGCACGGCUUCCAGGCGUCGCUGGCCCACGACUACAUUCGCCACGCCGACGUUGUCAACCGCGGCCGGGCCGGUUGGUCUACCGCGAACUGGCGCCCAAAGAUCCCGGCGCUGAUCCGCGAGUGGGAAGCCCGCCCGCCGAUCCUCGUCACGAUUGCACUCGGCACGAACGAUGCAUCCCUUCCGAAUGCCACUGGGCUUUACGUGCCACCGGAGAAGUACACAGCCAACCUCGAGGCCAUGGUGGUGCGCCUCAGCGAUGCUUUUCCCGCGACCCAAUUCCUCUUUGUGACGCCGGCGGUCUCGGACGACGACUCGGCGAUGGGCCAACUGCACCGCAACGACCGCGCAGGAACGUACGCGGCGCUGUGCAAGCAAGUGGGCGAUAAGUGGAAGAUUCCUGUCGUCGAUCUCUGGACGCCACUGCAAGGCAAGCAAAAGACCGUCCUUAGCGACGGCCUCCACCUCAAUCAAGCUGGCAACGAAUUUGUGUACGACCAAAUCAAGAACGCGAUCGCGACUUCGUACCCGCAGCUGCGACCGAGCGCAUUGCCCGAACGGUCCUAAUGGCCAUUCCCGAUAUUCUAGUUCUACUAGAAUGUAU